AUGAAACACUAUAAUAAUCCAUUUGAACGAGCUCAUAUCGUCGAGUGUAAAAUACAGUCAUGUCAAAACAGAGGAAAUUGUAAAGAUCUGAUUAAUGAUUAUGAAUGUAAUUGCAUAAACGGGUUUGAUGGAACAAAUUGCUCAAAUUAUAUUGAUGACUGCUCACCGGAUCCCUGUCAAAACAACGGAACCUGUACAGACCUGGUCAACGACUACCACUGCGAUUGUGUUCCUGGAUUUAAUGGGACAAACUGUGAAAACGAUAUCGAUGACUGCCAAGCAGAACCUUGUCAAAACAAUGGAACCUGUACAGACCUGGUCAACGACUACCAAUGUGUUUGUAUUGCAGGAUUCAAUGGGACAAAUUGUGAAAACAAUAUUGACGAGUGUUCCCAAGGUCCCUGUCAAAACAACGGAUCUUGUACAGACCUGGUCAACGACUACUAUUGCGAUUGUGUUCCUGGAUUCAACGGAACAAAUUGUGAUAUCGUCGAGUGUAAAAUACAGUCAUGUCAAAACAGAGGAAAUUGUAAAGAUCUGAUUAAUGAUUAUGAAUGUAAUUGCAUAAACGGGUUUGAUGGAACAAAUUGCUCAAAUUAUAUUGAUGACUGCUCACCGGAUCCCUGUCAAAACAACGGAACCUGUACAGACCUGGUCAACGACUACCACUGCGAUUGUGUUCCUGGAUUUAAUGGGACAAACUGUGAAAACGAUAUCGAUGACUGCCAAGCAGAACCUUGUCAAAACAAUGGAACCUGUACAGACCUGGUCAACGACUACCAAUGUGUUUGUAUUGCAGGAUUCAAUGGGACAAAUUGUGAAAACAAUAUUGACGAGUGUUCCCAAGGUCCCUGUCAAAACAACGGAUCUUGUACAGACCUGGUCAACGACUACUAUUGCGAUUGUGUUCCUGGAUUCAACGGAACAAAUUGUGAAAACAUGAUCAAUGAGUGCUUGCCAGGUAUUUGUCUAAACAACGGAACUUGUACAGACCUUGUGAAUGACUACCAGUGCGACUGCGUUUCUGGAUUUAAUGGAACAAAUUGUGAAAAUAGUACGUACAGCUAA